UGGAUCUCGGCCCGAAGUUGGUUCGAGCGACACUUAACAGCUUGCCACACGACACCACACGGUAUAAUGGUUACUUAGCGACGUCGGUUAGCCGAAAACACGAUUUUAACCUGCAACCGGAUGCUUUGCGGCUACUUUUGCGGUUACACAUUACAACAGGGGACUUCCCUAUCCCGUGGCUUGUCGCUGCAGUGAUACAGGGGGCGUGCCGCCCGCCCGUGGUGACGGCUGUAAAGCGGACCGCUACGCCAGGAAAGCAAACACACCAUUCCGACAAGAUGGCCUCGCUGCCCGCGCUCCGAGCGGUACUCCUGGUGGCUCUUUCGGUUUUCCUCACGGUGGUGCUGGGUUUUGGACUCCCUGCUCUGCUGAACGCGUUCAUGAGGAUGCUGGGGUUGCCAGAGACGAGCGUCACCGAGUGCAUAGUUGCAUUGUACGCAGUUUUUGUGCUGUACGUGGCGACGCCUCGAAUUCCAAGAGGACUGGUGGAGGUGAAAGGGAAAGCCGUGCUUAUUACAGGCUGUGACACUGGAUUUGGUUACGCUCUCGCCAAACAUCUGCACAAACUUGGCUUUACAGUCUUUGCCGGAUGUCUUCUCAAGGAUAAAGGUGGAGACGGUGCAAAGGAGCUUGAGGAACUUCAUUCAGAUCGAAUGAAGGUCGUGCAGCUGGACGUGUGCAAUGAAGAGCAGGUCAACAAGGCAGUGGACCACUUCAGGGAGAUCCUGGGUGAAUCUGAAGCGGUUCUCUGGGCUGUAGUGAAUAAUGCUGGUGUGUCAACGUUUGGAGAGGUCGAAUUUACCUCCAUGGACACCUACAAGCACGUGUCAGAGGUCAACUUGUGGGGCACCAUCAGGGUUACUAAAGCUGUUUUGCCGUUAAUCCGCAGGGCGAAGGGCCGUGUCGUGAACGUGGCCAGCAUGUAUGGAAGGAUGGGCAACAUCAUGAGGUCACCGUACUGCAUUUCCAAAUACGCCGUGGAAGCCUUUUCUGACUGCCUCCGCUACGAGAUGAAAGCGUGGGGCGUAAAAGUGUCCGUAAUCGAACCGGGCAACUUUAUUGUGGCCACUGGCAUCUUGACCCGCGACAUCGUGGCUACCACGGCCAAUAAGCUGUGGAGCGAGGCGCCCUCGGAGGUGAAGGAGGAUUAUGGGAAGACCCACUUCGAGCAGAACAUGGCUCUGAUGCGCUCUUACUGCAGCAGCGGGCAGAAGGAUACGGUCUCCGUGCUGGAUGACAUUACCGAUGCCAUCAUGUCCAAGCGUCCUCACACGCGCUACAGCCCCAUGGAGCCGCACUGGUGGAUCAGAAUGCAGGUGAUGACCCACCUGCCGGGUGCCAUAUCUGACCUCCUUUACUUCUAGAAGAGAAGCUGUUCCUGUGUUUAGCUCACCCUGAGAAUCAGAUAGCUGAAGAAUAUCACACUAAGUAGCAGUUACACAGAUCUACAGACUAAGUGGGGUUCCUGCCAUUUGGCCCUCAGCACUUGAAAUCAUCUAAUGAUCAAUCAAGCCUUAACAAUAUAUAUAUAUA